AUGACCAUUUGUCAAUUCUUCCUUCAAGGCCGGUGCCGCUUUGGAGACCGGUGCUGGAACGAACAUCCCGGCGCCGGGGGUGCGGGCGGGGGACGGCAGCAACAAUCCUCAGGUAGUAACAGACGUGGAUGGAAUCCCUCCAGCCAGAGAUACUCGAGUGUUAUCCAGCCAUCCAGCUUCUCCAAAUCCACACCAUGGGGGGGCAGCAGAGAUCAAGAAAAGCCAUCUUUCAGUUCUUCGGAUUCUGGAGCUUCAAAUAGCAGGAACAGGGGGUUUGGACUAUCCCAGAAUCCAUUUGCUUCACCCAGCUCUGAUGAGCAGAAAGAUGAAAAGAAACUUCUAGAAGGAAUUAUAAAAGAUAUGGAAGUUUGGGAAUCAUCAGGGCAGUGGAUGUUUUCUGUUUAUUCGCCAGUGAAAAAGAAGCCUAAUAUUUCAGGUUUUACAGACAUUUCACCAGAGGAAUUGAGGCUUGAAUACCAUAACUACUUAACCAGCAAUAACUUACAGAGUUAUCUAAAUUCCCUCCAACAGUUAAUAAAUCAGUGGAGAAACAGAGUAAAUGAACUGAAAAAUCUAAAUACAUCGGCUAACAUAGCUUCGCUCUCAGAUGUAAAGGGUGGAGUAAAUCAAGCAGCAGCUACAUUUGGAUUUGGCAGUAUGCAAGGAAUAACAUUUGGGCCACCAGGUUUUCCAGUGCAUAACAGCAGCAGUGCUAAUGCUCAGAAUUUUAGUUUUAAACCAAGCUCUGGAUUUGCCUCUGCCGCUUCUGCAAGUCCUUCUGUGUUUGGAAAUACUCCAGCGUUUGGAGCCGCACCCCCUGCCAGUUCUGCCAUCACUACUUCCACUCCAACAUUUGGAUUUGGGAAACCUGCAAUCACAUCUGCUGCUUCAUUUUCUUUUAAAAGUCCUGCAGCUUCCGGUUUUGGAUCACCUGGAUUUUCAGGAUUUCCAGCUCCCAUGGCAGCAGGCUCUGUUGGAGCCCCAGCCUUUGGAAGUGGCAAUUCUGUGGCUGGUUUUGGUAAUCUAGGCUCACAUUCUCACAGUGCUUUUUCCAAGUCAUCCAGUGACACCUUUGGAAAUAGCAGCAUAUCCACCUCUUUACCAGUCUCAAAUGGCAGCAUCACAACAGAUAAUGUGUUAUUCACACCCAAGGAUCAACUAACAGCAGAAGAACUGGAGCAGUUUCAAUCCAAGAAAUUUACUCUGGGAAAAAUUCCAUUAAAGCCACCACCUGUGGAACUUCUAAAUAUUUGA